AUGGCUUCUCUGCUAGACAUUGCUUUUCGUAAAGUUAUUGGCGUGAAGGGUGCAACGACGGGAAUUAAAACCAUCAAAAGUUUGGCCUCCCCAUCAUUACUUGAAAUUGCUCCCGCCGUUUGGGAUAUGCAGUAUCUUCAGGCCAUAUAUGUACACUCACAACUCAUUCCGUCCAUAGCUGCUGGAAUUGGCCGUCUGCGGAACGCCCAUUCCGCGACUCUCCGAAGGAAGCUGGACAACUUUGCGCGUCCGAUCACACCAGCGAAAGACGACCAAGAGCUGGCGGAUCCGAGGUCAGAUGUCACAGACGAAGUGCGACAGCGACUAUGGCUACUGUGUCAAACUCGAAUACGGGCGGGACUGGUUAGGCGGCCAUUUGCCACGAGACAAGCAGAGCGAAAAACAGUUGAACAGCCGCGGGUUCAACUCGGCCUUGCAGGAACGAGAUGGGAGAAUACUCCGACUCAUGAAACCGACGUCGGCUAUUUGCCCACAACGGAGCAUCACGACCUGGCAGAAAGCUUCGACCUUAGUGGCGGCUUCUCGGAAGUCCUCUCCGAGCCGGCCGUCCACGAGAUAGGCGUUCUGGAAGAGACGAGCGACUCCUACACGCUAGAGGACGGAGUACCGUCCUCAGACAACUUGACCCUCAGUUCCGAAGGCGACUACUUUUACACUGACGGACAAGGAAAUGUUUAUCCGAUCGCCAGGGAAGCAGUUGCGGAAGAUGGCCAGAGUGAAUGGUUAUCCACCCAACUUACGGAUCCCUACGACUUCAGCCAAACGCAAGGUGAAGAAUUAGAGGAACACUGGCUUGGUAAUCCAGGUCAAACAUUUAUUAUGUAUCAAGGAAACGGAACAACAGAUCCGGUCGGCCAUAUCAACACAAACGCUGCCGCAGAAAACUUCUUCCCGCCGCCGUACCCCGAAGAUGCGCCGUUGGGCAGUUGAGCCGAGACUUUGUCGGACCAAAUUCGCGGUCAGUCUGGCGGACGCAUACCGCCUUCGCGCAUGGUCGU